CUUCAAUGAUUUCGGAGCUUCUCCCUAGCGGCCUAGCCAUCAUUUCGGCCCGUGUUGCGUAUCACAGAUCGGGAGUCGGGAGUCGGACGUCCGUGCUAAGGAAAAAUAAGGCCGAAGCCGAGGUAUUGCCAACGAUGUGAACUUCGAGGCUGUGGUGACAAUCGAUGAUAGAAGGAAUCUACACGGUUUAAAAUUAGAUCACUGGGAACAAUUCUCUGCCGUGGAGACCAUUGCAACUCGAAUCUCUGAUCCGCAACAAUGGCAGAUCAAAGCAAGAAGGAUGAAGUUCGAGCGCGAUCAAUCGCUGGUGUGCAGGCGAUUUUCGACCGAUAUCAUCUAUUAGAAAAGGAAAGACCUGGUGGUCAUCGAGAUUUCGAUUUCGAUAUCAUGAAUACGGCCAAGAUCCUCGAUGCUGGCCCAGAAGGAUGGGUUCUUUUUGAACUGAAGAUCAUGGACAAUUGGUCGAACUUAAACAAUGUGAUGCAUGGGGGAGCCUAUGGCGUAAUCUUCGAUAUGUGCACUACAACUGCUUUAGGGCCUCUCGCCCGCCCCGGAUAUUGGGACUUCCUCGGUGGUGUAACCCGGUCUCUCAACAUAUCGUACCUCAGAGGCGUCCCAUUGAAGUCGACGGUGAGGAUACGGUCAUGGGUUGUGCAGUACGGGAGAACGAUGGCAAUGAUACGUUCGGAGAUGACGUCGGAGGAUGGCAAGACCGUCUACGCCACCUGUGAGCAUCAUAAGGUGAACGUGGCGACGCCACCAGACCACAUGGCCGUCCGGAUCCCGUGGGAUGAUGAGAUCGAGCGCAUCCACCAGGCGGAGCAGGAAGCAAAGAAAACAAGGAAUGGAAAAGCCGGGGAGAAGGGGAAGUUAUAGUACCGCCAGGGUGCAAAUCGAUGGAGACGCUAUUGCUAAGAUGAUGAAGUUUGUGAGCCGAUGGGCCGUCAUUUGAGGGCUCGAGCGGCGAUAUCUCGGCGGUAUUGCAUUCCAUCAAAGUGAAUGCAGUUUACACCAUGAUAUGCAGCCUUUACAGCGUCUUGAAGUGUGCUGGCUGAGGCAGAGGAUGCGAUGACUCGUCCGCCCGCGGUCUUCAACUUGUCCAUGGUGGAUGUACCAGCAUGAAACAGAACAAUUCC